CUUGCAUUAUUUAAUUUGAGGUUCAGAGAGAGAGAGAGAGUCGUCCAUGGAUAUGGAUUACCAGAGGAUUUUGAUAGCACUAUGCUUGGCCUGGACUUUGGUUCAAUGCCUCCGUUUAUUAUUAGCAAAAAGGGGCAGGAAAUUUCCUCCGGGGCCGUUCCAGUUGCCGGUGGUCGGAAACCUUCACUUGCUUGGAGACCUACCCCACAAGUCCCUAGCCCGGCUUGCCGGAAAAUAUGGUCCGGUUAUGAAUCUGAAGCUGGGCAUGAUAAAUACAGUGGUUAUUUCUUCGUCCACCAUGGCCAAAGAAGCCCUACAGAAACAAGACUUAACCUUCUCCACCCGGUCAAUCCCUGACGCCCUGAGAGCUCGCAACCAUAGCCAAUUCUCUGUUGUUUGGCUCCCCGUCGCUUCCAAAUGGAGAACCCUUCGAAAGGCCAUGAAUUCCAACAUCUUUUCCGGCAGCAAGCUCGACAACAACCAACAUCUGAGAGUUACAAAGAUCCAGGAGCUGAUUAUCUACUGCCAAAAUAAAAGCCAAGCUGGGGAAGCGGUGGAUAUUGGGCGUGCAGCUUUCAGGACUACCCUCAAUUUGCUGUCCAACACCAUUUUCUCCAAAGAUUUAACCGACCCUUAUUCCGAUUCUGCCAAACAAUUCAGGGACUUGGUGUGGAAUAUGAUGGUGGAAGCUGGAAAGCCCAACCUGGUUGACUACUUUCCCCUUCUUGAAAAGUUUGAUCCCCAGGGUAUCCGGUGUCGCUUGACAGGCCAUUUCACUAAGGUGCUAGAGCUUUUCGAAGAUUUGAUUGAUGAACGGCUGGAGGAGAGGAAAGUGAUGGGCUGCAAAAAUGUUGAUGUAUUAGAUUCACUUCUUAACAUCAGCCAAGAAAGACCAGAGGAGAUCGACAGGAAUUAUAUUUUGCAUGUUUUCUUGGAUUUGUUUGCGGCGGGAACUGACACAUCAUCAAACACAUUAGAGUGGGCAAUGACAGAACUUCUUAAAAAUCCAAAUGCUUUGGCAAAAGCUCAAGCGGAGCUGGCAGAUGUUAUUGGUAAAGGCAAGCUAAUACAGGAAGCUGAUGUUACUCGUUUGCCUUACUUACAAUGCAUCGUAAAAGAAACUUUUAGAAUGCACCCACCUGUUCCAUUCUUGAUUCCGCGCAAAGUUGAACAAGAAGUCAACCUAUGUGGAUACACUGUUCCUAAGGACUCACAAAUUCUAGUCAACGUAUGGGCAAUUGGGCGUGAUUCCAGUAUUUGGGAAAACCCAUUGAUCUUCAAUCCUGAGCGAUUCUGGAAUUUUGGAAUAAAUGUUAGAGGACAAGAUUUUGAACUCAUUCCAUUUGGUGCGGGUAGAAGAAUUUGUCCGGGAUUGCCAAUGGCAAUGAGGAUGGUUCCGGUAAUGUUGGGGUCGUUACUAAACUCAUUCCAGUGGAAACUUGAAGAUGACAUUGCACCCAAGGAUUUAGACAUGGAGGAAAAGUUUGGACUUACAUUGGCUAAAGCUCAUCCUCUUAGGGCUAUCCCCAUUCCCUUUUAAUAGAGUACCUCUUCAGAUCAUGUUGUGUUGCAUUAUUUAAUAGAUAUAUAUUGUGUUGCUGCAAACUAGCUUACAAUAAUUGCCAAUCCAUCACUCAACUUGCUAA